CAAUCCAAAAGAAAAACCCAUCAUUCCCCUCCAUUUCUAAAAUUUGGUAAAAGCGGCGAAAACAAAUACAAUGAUUAGCAUUCUCGCUCAGGAGCGUCUUCUUGGCGCUGCAUUGGGAAGCGCGUUCGCCGGGAUCGUCGUUUUUGAACAACGCAAACGCAUAUACGAGUCCAUUUCGGAUAGUCAGCCUCAGGUCGCCGCCAAAUCUCAGAGAAGAGAGGCAAUAUUGGGAGAGAGUUUUCGCUCAGAGAUUGCGUGCUUGUGGAACAGAACUGUGGACCAGACACUGGGACCUGUAAUUGCAUCUCUUAGUUCACGUAGAUGGUAGAAAUGGAGUAACUUCUUUAUAAAUAUUUUCACAUAACUAUUCUUGUGACAUUCGUACUUGUUGGACACAUUUGUAUUGUCUACCUUUUAUUUCUGAAUUACUGGGAAAACAUGCUCCCGCCUGGGAAACAGGUAAGAAACCUUGAUAAAUGUUGACUGCUGUUUUCUUUUCCCCACAAGUUAUUGCUGUUGAGAUAUUUAAAUUUACUUAUUGGGCAAUUGUAGUACAUGAUUGAAGCAA